AUGCAAUUACUGCAAGGCUCUAUUGCCACACCUGCUACCACCAACAUAAAACCCCGCUCACGACCAGCAGACCCAGAUAUUGGUAUCGACGACCUUUCAAAAGCCACGGGUCGAGUUGAUAUCGGAGUUGGUACGCGAGUUGACGAUGACGCUUUUCGCCGCGGCUCGGACGACGAAGCUCUUGACGAUGUCAGCGCCGUUGAGGUGGCCGACUCCGGUGCACGAGCGGUAAAGCUGGAGGGCAGGUCUACUCUAGUCAGAUAA